CGACUGCACGCGACUGCACGCGACUGGCGCGAGUCGACUACUCCCAGGGAUUCUCGUGUCAUUAUGUCAGCGCGUUUCCGUUGGAAGCUGCCCGGAAAAUCGUCAUUUGCCCCGAAUCGCCGGUUGCCGGCCGUCGAGUAGUCGGCCGCGCUCGCGACCCGACUCGGGAGAGCGAACUCGCUCCGGAUUGUCCAUUUUUCGCUCGCGUCCGCGCCAAGAGCAAAUGUUAUCGGGAAAUAUCAGGAGGCGGAGCAGAGAUUUCGUGGCCUCGUCGAGAAAAUUCCUAUUACCUUCUCGGACGAACCCUUUCGGGGGAGAAGGGAGACAGGGGCGGACGGUCGGGAGGAAGGAGGACUGCUGGCUUGUUUUGAUUUGCCGGCCGAUAAGAAGGAGUCGAGCGCACCGGUCAACGCCAAUUAUGCCAUAGCCCUGUUAACCAGUGUGCAGCAAAGCCGCUCCACGCCUCUACGGCCUUUGGCGCUGACUUACUUUGCGCUGCAGGGCAGCUGACAACAUGACGAUGGCUGCGAUCUUUCUGCUGAUCGGGCUGACGUUGCUCAAAAGGGGAGAUUGCCAAGUUCCGGAGAAACCGGAUAUCGACGAUCACCGGGAAUCUCAUCACCGACAGAAGAGAGUCCUGUGGAUCACGAACGACGGAAGGAUAGCUCUGCCGCCCGGAACAAUCAUGACGAUCACUCCUACACUCGCCAUGCCUUUCGUCAGAUACCCUCCUUAUGGAUUUCUGAGCAACAUGACGAUCAGUCUUCCGUUUACUAUCGACCUCGACAAACUCGGAUUGACGGAUAACGAAAAUCCGUACGGCUCGCUACCCCCGGUCUUCGACAGGGCCAUGAAUAGUCGCGAGGCAGGCACGAUGAUGGCGGACUUUAUCGCCUCGUUCAUAAAACGGCGACUGCAGAAGCGAGACGCUCCCGAUGCACCGAGGAACGCGUUUCACGGCGGAGAGCGAGCAUUGCUUUACGGAACAGCCGAGGAUAUGUUGAGCACUCUCGGCAUGGAUGGAAAAGCUUGUUUGUUGAGGGCGAUUUGCGAGGUUCACGGUCAUCCUUUGGACAACUUUGGUCUUAUCGGAGAGAUGCUUAAAUUGUUCUUCACUGCCAGUAGAUCUCCGUUCGCUUAUCUUAUGAAAGAAUACGUUGAAGCGGAAAACAGAGGAAAGUCGCACGGAGAAUGUUGGCCGUAUUACAAGGCCUGUCCUAAAUCAUUGUUCCUCCCAUCACGAAACGAAUACACGAAAGACUCGAAUACAUCCGAGUACGCUGAAAAUGAUAUAGAAGACAACUUUCCGACAACGAGAGGAUUCGAAGAUAGAUCGUUCGACAUACAAUCAACGAGUAACAAAAAACAUACGACGCAUUCUUCGAUGUAGCUAGGAAAUUCGAAAGGGCGAAAUGCCGACUAAUCAAGACGUGCUCUCCAAAGCACCUUUUAGAUAGGAAACGAAUAUCUCUACCGCGGUUCUUAACAGACGAUUUAAAUGAAAUUUCCUAGUACCGUUUAGUUCGUUUUUGGCAGUCAAUGGUAAUGCACGCGAUAUCGUAUAUAACGGUACAUCUUGGAGACCCGACAGUGAGAUACGCCGAUAGCGAAAUAAUUAUUGCGUAAAAUGGAAUGUGCAUAAUAUAUAGCGAUAUAGUCAUACCUAUUAAUUACACCGAUCAUAUUUCUCGUUUUAUUCCAUAGUACUUAAUACAUCAGUCGAUCCUCGAAAGAGCAUAUAGGAAAUUUACGCGAGAUCAAGAACGUAUGGUUUUAUAACUUACCCAGCAAAUCUACGCAAGUUUAGUAAGUUUUUUUUUUAAUGCAUUACAUAGAAUUCGAAUAAGUGUAAGGUAAUAUAUAACGUUACAACAUAAUAAGAUGUAAAUAAAUGUCUGCAUUCGAGUAGAAAAUCAA